UUCACACUCUUCAUCCAUGCAGUUUUUGGAGAAUCUGAUCAUCUCAGCAGUCGACUGUCAUGCAGAUAAAGGAGAGAGUUUUACUGAGCUGCUGGUGUCAGUGUGCAACUACGACACAUUCCCUUUUGGAGAAAAGGAUCAUGGAUUGCAUCAAAUACAGAGUGUUGUCCUGCUGGAUCUGUUCUCACAUGUGAAGCAGUAUGAGAGUAAAACAGACAGGAGUGUCCUUCCAGCAUUGCUGCCAGUUUACCGGUCACUUCCUGCAGUCUGGUCCAUAAAGCUCUCAGAGAGAAAAGUCUCCCUCCUCCUAGAAGUGCUGAAACUCCAAACACAGAAGAAACCAGUGGAGCUGAUAGACUGGUCAGAUGAAGAGAGUGAAGUGAAGAGUUUCCUUCAGUGUCUGCCCUACAUCUCACAGCUCAGAUGUGAAGAAAAGUUAAUUCCAUGUUUAAGUAAAGCAGCUGCUGACCACACAGAAGACACGAAGCUGGUGAGGGCUUUCUUUGCUGCUGUGGACUUCAUCUUCAUUAUAGAUUGGGUUUUAACCACUCGUGAGUGCAGGGCUGUGGGAAAAUUACUGAAUCUCUCAGACUCUAAACUCAAACUCACUCUGAAACCCCAAGCCAUCUCUCUCCGAGGGGCCAGACUUCUCUUCAGACACACCACACACCUACAGAAACUCUGCCUGAGUGAGCGUGUGGUAGGGAGGAUGGUACGAGCAUUUCGAGCAGUGAGAGCCGGUGGCUCUUUGGUCAUUGAGGAGCUCUGUCUGGACUUUAACAGCUCAAACCCAGAGAUCUUCAGAUUUCUGAGCAGUUUCUCCUCCCUCCUGAACAUCUGGACUGUUCACUGUGUGAACCUCACUGAGUGCAGGAUGGAGGCUCAGUCUCUCAUCAGCCUCAUGUGUCAUCCUGGCCAUUUAAAUAUCAGAUUAUCAAAAGUGACUCUCCAGCAGUUUACUGGUCUGCUGUAUGAGGCUCAGGAUGGGGAACUGACCCGCUUUUUCCUGGAGAAGGUGGGAGGAGACCUGACUUCCUGUUCUCUCAGUUGGGAGGAGCUUGUCUAUUUUCUCCAGCAGCGAGUUUGCCGCAUUAGUGUGAACAUCAGAAAGAGCAAAAUCACAUAUAAACACACCAGAGAGAUUCUUCCUCUACUGUCUGAAAUUCAGUUUAAACGAUUGAACCCCAGUGUUGCGCUGUCAAUCAUCAGAGAGAUCUAUGAGACUGGCUCUGCUCACUGUGUGUCCAGUCUGUUGAGUUCAGUACACAACUGUAUCAACCUGAACAAUACACAGCUGGACUCAUACCACUGUACUGCCCUGUGCUUCACCCUCCAACACUGUACAUCUGUCUCUCUGAGCCUGCUGUGGAUCUCCAUACCAGAGGGGGAGCUGGUGAAGAUUCUGCCUCUGUUCAACAGAGUUUCUCAGCUCAGUGUUGACAGGUCCCUGUUGCUGAAGAUACUCCACUGUUGCAGUAUCUCUGAGCUCCAGCAGGGGGCAGCAGCAGCACUUUUCUCUGCUCUGCAGAACAGACUGGACUUCUCUUGUAGCACUGGAUUAGAUCUGAGCACAGAAACACAGAAUAACACUCUGAAUCUGACCACUGAGGACUGCAGAGACAUCAGCACUGCCAUCCAGAAAUCUCAUCAACAUACAGAGCUCAUUCUAGAGGACUGUGAGCUGGAGGACACUGGAGUGGACAUGUUCUUUCUCAUUCUACAUACUGUGAGACUACGCUGUAGUAAACCUCUAUUGCUCCGGUUCCUGGCUCUUCUCCGUGUGAUGAAUGAGUCAGACUGUAUGAGACAUGUUAUGUCCCUCUCAAAGGCACUGAAUGGAGAAAUGGACCUCAGUGAGACACCUCUGGACCUCCAUGACUAUAGAUCAUUAGCUUUGUUUCUGGAAUUUUCUGAUGGUCUGUCAGAACUGGACCUCAGCCACUGCAAGCUCACUGAUCACGGCCUGGAGCUGCUGUUACCACAUCUGGAUAAAGUAAAGGUCCUGGAUCUGAGUCACAAUACCAUAGAUGACCGUUUAGCAGGAAGAAUCUACACAGUUGUUUCCACCAGCAGCAACAUACAGACAGUUCAACUCUUCGACAACAGAAUUACUCAUAAAGAGCCUUUCUAAAAGACAAGCGCUUCGAGAUCUGGUGAUGACCGUGGACUGUUUUCAUACUUCUACUUAAACAGUAUAAGGAGUAAAGAACUGUACAUAAACAAUUCAAAAAGAAAGAGACAUCAUUACUCUCUUGUCUUAUUUCUACUGGUCUGUCCAAUUAGUUUGAAGUAUCAUGGCUUGAGAUAUGAGACCAGUUAUGUCUAUUUAAUUUCAUUUUUAUAUUUGAAAUCAUGAUUUUAGAAGUAGUAAGGAGGAAAGGAAAUGGGGGUAUGUGAUUUAUUUAUUUUGCCUGUUACAACAUUGAACAUGGAGCUGGACCAAUACUGGACCCCACAUUACACAUCUGUUUACCUUUAUUUCUUGUAGGGUUCUUUAUAUUAUUCUUCCUAUUUAUUAGAGGAUCCACACCCUGCAGACAUCAGAUAUUCAACAGCAGAUAUGAUAUGACUCCUCAUUUGGGAAUCUCUGAUUUAAUUUAGAUUUGUCAGUUUGAAGAAUAAGCUUGCUCCUCAGAAUGAACUGUUUCUGAUCAAUCGAUUGUACAGAAACAUCUUUUACCACCAGAUGAACACAAGGUGGCAACACAGACACAGAAAUAAAUUUAAACAUGCCUCUCGUCAGUGUUAAAGCAAUCUUUAACUGUCUUAGUUAUAAAGCUUUUUUUUUACAGGAUUUGGAUGACUUGUGGAAAAGAAUCUCUCUUUAUUUAGAUGUGAACUAGAACUGGAUGGCACUUGGGGAAAGAUGUAAUUUUAGCUGUAGUUUAGUUUAAUUAUAGACCCUGUUUGAUGUGUAGUCAAGAUUUACAUUUAUUACCAAUAAGAGAUGAUAAAAACAUGUACAAAGAUUAUAGAAGUUAAUAUUUUUAAAUACAUUUUAGAGAUGCUGCCCUGUGUACAGCACAUGAUCUGUGUGGGUGAUAUGGGAAGUGACAAAAGGGAAGUUUUAAAAGGAAAAGAGGAAGGUGAGUUCAGCAGAACAAUGACACCAAACAACGCAAACGAAGAGUUAAAGGAGAAGAGCAGAGGAAACUUCUCCAUGAUGGAAACAACAGAGAUGUUGCUGCAUUUAGUCCACUGCCUCUCAAGCUCAACUCGACUAGCAGCCAAAUUUGACAAAUGGGAAAAGAGAGAGAGUACCCCUACUGUAUAUAUCUAUCCUAUUUCUUUAUAUGUGUCUGUUUACAUGUUAUCUGUUUAUUCCAAAAGAAAUAUUGUUAAAUGCAUAAUAAAGAAUGUAAAAAACAGCCAAAAUUGCUGUGUGUGUAAGUGUAAAGACUAUAGUAGUUGUGUCAUUGUAUUAUAACAAUGUGUGUGUCUUAUUGUGUGUUUGUGUUUUAGAGACUGAGAGAAAGAUAGAGAGUAGGGAAUAAAGGUUAUAAUGAAAAUGUGUUUGUCAGGUGAAGGUAACAAGGUCACCCCUCAUCCUCCAGGUGUCCUUCAUCCUUUCCCUUAUUGUGAGGAGUGUGAGUAUGGACCUGUCUCAUUGCAAUCUGGUAAUAACAGUGCUUUCUGAGGCUGUCCUGUGCUUGAUGAGCAGUAUAAGGUCUCUC